AUGAAUGGAGUUCUCGUGAACAAGAUGCGCGCUGUGAUGCAUGCUGCCAAUUUGCCGAAUGUGUUGUGGACUGAAGUCCUGCCGUACGUGGUGGAGGUGGACAACUUGUCGCCGACAAAAGCACUGAAGGGAAUGACGCCCACGGAGAAGUUGACUGGGCUGAAACCUGACAUCAGCAAAUUGAAAGUUUGUGGCUGUGUGGGUUAUGUGUUUAUACCAAAGGAAAAACGAAAGAACAAGCUGUCGGAGAAAGCUGAAUCUGCGUUGUUCCUCGGACUUCCAAAGACUAAGCAUGACUACCGACUGUUGCAUCUGCGAACUGGGAAGAUGGUGGAUCCCGUGACGUCAAGUUCCGCGAGGACGUGA